AUGCCGUCUCGACGGGAAAGCGAUUACGAGUCAGAUGGCGAUGAAGGUGACAAACGGGAAUCACAUACCUAUCCACCUCGACAAAGUAUGUCCAAGAAAAACCGUGAGUCAAAGCUUGAACGGGACGAACAAGAUUCAGGUAUAGAUAGCGAGAUCGAUCUGACAGAUAUCGAUGACCCUGUUAAUCCUGUGAUCAAGGAAAAGGAUCAAGGAGAAAAAGGUAAGAGAAGAAGGAUAAUGGAUUAUCAGACGUAUGAAGAGAAAUGUCGAUUGGUUCAUUCAAGUUAUCUAAAAAGAGAAUCCACAUGGUCUAAAACAAAUUGUCAUGGUAUAUUCAAUUGUUUUGGUAAAUUCAUUAUUUAUUGGAAGAAGUUUUGGAGUAGUAAAUGGUGGAAAUGGAUUAUUAGAAAUAUGCCUUAUUCACUUUCGAUUAUUAUGAUUAUUCUAGGUUUGAUCGUAUCUUUAUCGGGUCCAAUCAUCAAUGUUUUCAUGGUAGAAUUGGAUCAAGUGAAAUAUGGUUCGUUGGGAGGAUGUAAAGUUGAUGAAGAAGGAAAAACAAUUGAUCAAGGAUGCACGACUCAAAUUCUUUACGAUGGACCGCCGUCCGUCGGUUUGUGGUCGACUAAAACUCUAUCUAUAAUUCUACCUUGUUAUGGUAUCGUGGCGAUCCUUCAACUAUCUUUCCAAAUGUACACAUUCAUUUUCAUCAGACAUCGAUUCAUCAAGCACUGUUGUUCUGAUCCCGAAUCAUUAUCCCCGAAAAACGUUGAAAGAGAAUUGAAACAAAGAAGAUUAAGAUCUCUAAGAUAUUUCGAGAGAUCCAUGGAUAUUUCAGGAUCAGCGUAUCUGGUUUUAACGUUGAUCUUCACCGCUUGGGUCAGCCAAACUGGUAAUAAUAAUGCUGAUGGUAAAUCCGGAUGGGAUAUGGCAAUCUUCUUAGCUAUCUCUCCAUUCUUAUGGUUAUUCUCUCGACUCAGUUAUAGAUCCCGAUGGGCUUAUUUCGCCGAUUCGUUCAAGAGCCAAAAACAAAGUGACGAUAUGGGAUGGGAUGACCAAAAAGAUGGUCCGCCUGCAUACGAAGAUACGCGGUUGGUUUGCAGUAGGUAUGAAGAUGAGGGGGGACAAGGAGGACAAGUCCAAGGACCUGGUGCUAGAUCAAGGAGGUAG